AUGGCCGCGCGCGACGAACGAUCGGCCCGCGAGUGGGUCGACGCCAUCCGCGACGCCCGCGCGCAGCUCAAGGCCUCAGCCUCACCGCCGUCACUGUCGCCGCCGCUGUCGCCCACAUCGUCAUCUACUUCAUCAUCGUUAUCAUCACCUUCUUCCGCGACCAAGUCAUCGCGCUUCGGUCGUCUCCGCAGAAAGAGCGCAAGCCAAGGGCGCGACACGUCGGCUUCGGGAGCAGCGUCCGGGACCUUCGCUAUUCCUCACAGCUCCGGUGACGAGGGUGGGCUCAUAGCGGGUGAGCAGCUGCUGCACGGGGGUGGCAGCUCGGAGCCCGACGUGCUGUUCGCCCAUCACGCCCUGCGCGAUUGCCGGCGCGGUGCGCUGUGGGUGACCAACUACCGCCUCAUCUUCAUCGCACAGGAGAUGAGCGACUGUGUGCCGUUAGCGAUGGUCAUGAAGGUGGAGCAGGUGCGCCACGCCGAACAAGACUUGCCGGGCUUUGCGCUGAAGUGCAAGGACUUCCGGUCCGUCUCGGUCUUCUUCCUCACCACUGAGCUGCACAAGGCCAUCUCGGCCAUCUUCAAACAGCGCCUGUGUCCCGCCAAGCUAUCGGACCUGUUUGCCUACAAGAACAAGGAGAGCUUUGCCGCGGCGCCGGUCAACGCGUCCGGCUUCUGCGUCUACGACGCGGCGGCGGAGUUCAAACGGCAGCAGACGCCCGACAAGCAGUGGCGCAUCACUAGACUCAACCGCGACUUCCGCUACCCGCGCUUCCCCAACCUCUUCGUCGUUCCCGCGGCCAUCACCGAUGACACGAUCACGCAGUUUUGGAAGUCAUCGCACAAGUGGCAGCAGUUGACGUUGUCCCUGUGCUGGCGCAGCCGCGAUGCCUCUGGCGGCGCGUCGCUCCUCCGCGCGUUCCCGGUGCUGGUCGACGAGGACCAGGGCUCGGGCGGCCUGGCCGACACCGACAGUCUGUGGAUGGCCGGCGGGCUCAAGGAGGAGGAGGGCAAGCCGCUCUACAUGCUCCAGCACGUGCUGCUCCUGCACCCGCGCACCGACGAGGUCCACGUCUUCAACACCGCCGGUAGCCGGAAAAAAGCCAGCAGCAGCGAGCCCGAGCGCGACGGCAAAACGAUUGAACUUAGUGACGGCAAGCGGAUACGAAUGCGCAAGGCGGUGCUGAUGUCGCCGUCGGCGGUGGACGAGAGCCUGGGCAAGCUGAGCGAUCUGGUGUCGACUUUUGACGCGCGGCUGUUCUCGUCGUCGGCCGCAGACGGCGGCGAUGGGCGGGCGCAGGAGUGGCGACGCUCGAUGGACACCACCACCCUGUGGCUCACCGGCCUUCGUCGUCUGUUGGCGGCCACGGCCAACGUUGUCAAACAAUUGCUACUCGGCACCCCGGUGGUGGUCACCAAUCGCGACGGGGGCGAGUCCGUGCCGCAGGUGGUGAGCCUCGCGCAGGUGGUGCCCAAGACCCCGUGGCAGGAGUCGAAGCUGCUGCUACCGCUGUUGGUGACCCACUUCGUCGGCUUUGUUGUCCUGCGGCUGGGCUACCUCUCGCUGCUGGGCUAUCACCUCCUGGUCGAGGCCUGGGCCGCCCACCAGCCUCUCGCCUCCGGGCUCAUCACCACCGCCUGCGCCGUCAUGUUCAGCCUCUACCACCUGCUCCUCGGCUGGGGGCUCUUCAGCUUCAUCCGCGCCGGCGGCUGCCCGCCCAGCCCGCCGGCGGCCACGCCCACCAAGCCAGCACAGGACUGA